CGGGUCAGAGUCUAUUCUGCUUUCGUGCAGUUAGGACGCCAUUUGAACAUUAUACAAAACUAAGUUCGUUUCAGCGAUUACGUUUGGAAUUAUGUUUGGGAACAGUUUUGUGGCCAUUGUCCUGGUGGCCAGCUGCAGCCUGGCACAAGCCUAUCCAGCUCUCUUGCCAUAUAUAUAUAAUCCGUCUAAUGUGCAUCUGAAUAAGCGCAACGACAUCAGCUUUCCACAGAUUGAAGAUGACGUAGGGGAACUGGAUCAGCUGAGGAAUGAGCAGCCUGUCGUGGGAAAGAGACAACACGAUGGCAGCACCGUCCGUACAACAACCACCACAAAAGAAAGCGUGGAGAAAGUAAUCGCACCUCCAGAGCCAAGUGGCAAGGAGCAAGCGCCCGUCCAUCUCAUCCCAGACCUGGAGCGUCAGCUGGAGGUGGCAACGCCAUUGAUGUCGAUGUCAACCACCACCACGACAAGUACAUCAGCCACAACCACUACAGCGGCUUUCAAGGACGACAGUGAACGCUCGCAGCUGGAGGAGCCGAAAACGGCGGCCAAACCAACCCAAGAGCAGGGCCCACAUGCUAAGUGUAUAUCCACGAAACCACCCAAAAAUCAACAGGCAUUUUACGGUGCAGCUCGUCUAGCAUUUGGUCAAAAUCCAGAGGUGUUACCAACAUCCUCAACAUCCACAACCACAUCCACAACCGCAUCCACAUCCACAUCAACGUCAACAAGCACAACUACAACAACUCCGGCACCAGCAACCACAACAACAACCACAAUAGCAGCAGCAGCAGCAGCAGCAGCAGAUUCUGUAGCUCCUGAAAGCGAAUCCGAAACUGUUGUGGAUGUGGCAGGUGAGCCAGCAGAAAACGGCGAGACAGAGGAUGUGGAACGUGAUCUGAACAAGUCACCAACGGCUCAUCGUGAUCACAACAUCAACAAGGAGACCAUCGGUGACAUUCUGAUCGACCAGCUGGAGGCAGUGGCAAAGACCACAGAGCGAAGAUCCAGUAUGCCACAUCUGACGGCCAAGACGGCUCAGAGUUUGCUGCGUAAUCCAAAUGGACAAUACUCCUCCUUCGAUAUGGCUCAGUAUGUUUUUUGGACCGGCGAUGAGACGGGUGUGGCCCGAGCAGUUGAGGAACUGAUUGAUGAGAAUUUGAUUACCCGUGAGAGUGCUCUGAAGUUCUUGCGAGACAUUCGUCUGGGAAUUGAGUUCCUGCAACGCUCCUAUGCCAAUCGCAUCUUUCCCGAGGAGCUGCGUCAGAAUCAUCUUAAGCGCAGUCCACCCAGCACCACAACAACAACAACAUCCACAACAACCACAACCAGCACCACCACUGAGAAACCCUUGCCAGAUAUUCACCUGGAAAAUGAUUCGGAAGGGGGAGUUACUCCAGAGGUUGGCCGAGUCAAAGGCUUGGACAGUUUCACAUUCUGGAACAAGCUUAAGGCGCUGGAGAGCGAGACUCCCCAAGAUAUAACAGACUAUGAUGAUACCAUGGGUCGGGCCAAGAUCGUUGAGUAUUUGUACAACGAGUAUAGCCUAGAGGAAAUACUCUACAAGUUGGCCAAGGUUAUGUUUGCCCAAUCGCUGGCACAUGGUUCCGAUGAGGCUCAACAGGAGUUGCAGAAGUUGACUGAAUUUCUGGAGCGUGAAGGAAAUCUCGGCGUUAUUCCCGUCGAUUUGCAGAAGAAAGUUUUAAGGGUUCUGCUUACCGCAUUGUCGGAUACUUUGACCGAACAUCCGGAGCUGUUGCCCGCUGCACGUGUUAACUUGGCCAAUCCAUUUUACAGGCUUCCAAUUCAUACUCCAAGCCAAUAAAGCGACGCGACGCAGCAGCGAUUGAUGAAAGUUAUCAGAGUAUAUAUAAAGAUAUACAUUCAUAAUCUAUAUUAAAUAUUUAUUAAGUUUUUAGCAUAUACUUAAACAAUGUACACAAGAAACAGAUAAAUAACUUUUUGUAUUCUGUUCAAGUUGAAUGCCAUAUUCAGAAAUGCGCUCUCUCGGAAUUGUUAGCGACAAGAUUUUGAGUAAUCCUUAGUUUUCUUACAAAGAUCCAAAAGUAUAAUUGUUAUAUUUGAGUUUUAUCGAUUGUAACAUAGCAAAACUCUCGUGAUAUUUUUUGUCGGGCUAGACAGUACAAGGACAUCCGUUGGAAAGAAAAGAACGUUUUUAUAUUCGUAGAAAGAGUUUAAAAAGAGAAUAAAAAUGAGAGACUUGCGCUAUUUUGAGCUUUUAAAAGAUUAAAGAAAAUAAAAUAUAUAAUGUAUUUGUAGAAAAUUGGCAUGCUUGCUUAUAUUUGAUAUGAGUUAGUUUGGGAACAAUGAGGUUGACGUUGAUAAUAUCCUUUGUUAAUUGAUACUACAAAACAUACUUAUAUAGGAAAUACUUAUACAUAUAUUCGCUUUGUUUAGUGAAAAUCCAAUAAAGCAGGAAAGGGCUUUAAGUCCAAAUAUAUCAGUAGCAAAUAGAACUGCUUGCAAAUUUGAUUUUUUUUUCCUUAUCGUAAGAUCGUACAGAAAUAUUAACACACUUAUAUGUCCUAUACCCUACUGAAUAAAUAACUAAAGUGUUGCUUGAUAUUAA